UAAGAAAAAGGCGAGAAUUGCCAGAGGUUGAAGGUAGAGAGGAAAAAUAAAUAUCAAUACUAGAACCCGUGAAGAAGUACCCUUCUCUCCAGGGGAAGAAUUAACAUGGAUUCAAGGAACAAUCCCUYCGAAAAUAGUCAGCAAGACAACGCUUCCGAUAAUCGAGCAUCGCCRCAAGGAUUACCACAGAUGCUUCAUCARUGGGGAGCGGUAAAUCCAUCCCCGAUCUACCCGACCCGAGAAGUUGGUUUGCAUCAACAACCACAGCAGCAGAGUUUGACGGCGGGAGAUGCAUCCCGACUAAGACAUUCCUUUSUACCAACUUUGCCGAGAAUGGACGAAAGUAUCAAUCGAAACGAGCAAAAAGCAUAUUCUUUCAAAUCCAACUCUACUGCUAUGGGGAAUGCUACCGCUACCGCUGCAGCACCUGAUACGAAACCGACAGAAAUUGAGAAAAGUGGAAGAACCUCGGAUGUGGUAGYGCAAUCACGUUCGGAAUUUCCCAAGAUUUUGUUCAACGUGUUGCAAGAAGCAAAGUAUUUGAAGGUCAUGGGGUGGUCUCGCGACGGAAAAGCAUUUUAUUUGAACCAAAAUCAAUCAGAAAUGAAGACUGUUCUGUCCAAGUAUUUCAAUGGUGCGUAUUAUUAAUAAAUAAAAAAUCGCCUUCGCCACUGCCUCUCUUUCGGGGAUUUUUUUUGCAAUCAUGACACAUAUCUUAUGAGCGCUUGUGUUAUAAUGAUUCUUGCGAUACUAUGCCUUUGCUUCAUUUGUUCUGCUCGAUUUAUUUCGUGCUAAUGUUGUUGGUAUUUCCUCUAAAUAAUACACUAUCUCAAACAUAUCAGUAAGUGCUUUCUCUUCCUUUUACCGAUAUCUCGAAACGAAUGGAUGGACGAAGCUCCAAAAGGGACAGAAUGCAAACAUGAUGUACAACCCCCAUUUUCAUAAGAAUAUGRCCGAUAAAGAUUUUGAAGCAAUGUUUGAUUCACACUUUUCUAGACAAAAAAAUAGUUCCAAUGAUUCGCAAACGACAAGUAAAAWACACCCAGAAACGAAGAACAAGAAGGAGAAAAAAGUCGCUGUUGCAAAGAAAGCUGGUGCCACUGUAGCUAAGAAAAAAAUCGACAAUGUUGCGAAGAAGAAAAAUGACAAGGCGCAGAAAACAGCGGCAGCAACAAAAGUUGGCAAAAGCAAAGCAGCAGCAAAGACAGCCGCAACGGGUACGCAAUCAUCAAACAAUAAAAAACGAAAAAAAACAUCUAAUGUUCAAGCUUCAACAAGCAAGAACAAAGCUACGAAGAAAGAACCAUCGGUCACAAAAUUAGAUGAAGCCAAAAUGGUUAAAAAAAGACUCAGAGAACACAAAAAACUCCACGAACUGUUUACGCAAUGGAAUAUGUGGAAUCUUCCAGAGGGACUCGAUGUGUUUUUAAGGAGUGGAAAAGUACAUGCGAUUCGAAAGAAAACGCAGAAAACAGACGUUGUCGAAGCAGCURAUGCCGAACCCGAGAUGGGUGACGAUUGCACGCAGGACCAGAUAAAUGCUUUGCUUUGUCACGAGGAAUUGCCCCAAUCGGUCAUGGACAACACGAGUGACAGUCAAGCCCUGGCAGACCUUGUGGAACGGAUCAGACAAGAUCGGGUUCAGCAAAGAAAGUUCAAUGAGAUUUUGGCGUCCRCUGUUGCCCCCAAUGUGAAAGGGAAGCGUCUGCGUCAAUCGCAAUUCGUAAAGCCGAAAAAGAAGUGGAAGAAAGUUAGGGUCGGAGAUCGGCUAGGGGUGCACUGGCGUGACAAUAAAACCCUAUGCAAGGCGAUCGUGCAGAAACAACAAGGAAACACAAGUUAUUUUCAAAUGCGCUGUGAAGCUGAUGGGUCAAAAGAGUGGUUCGAUUUGAGCAGGGAAAGAUUUCAAUCGUAUGGGAGUCGACAGAAUCCCGAACCUGUCGCUCGCUUUCACACACAGCUGGCAACCAUGYCUUCCAUAUCAAGUGUCACAGAUAAUACACCUCAAAAAGACAAUCGGACACGAGGAAAGARAGACGAACCAGAGAAAUUGGAUUUGUCGAUUKAUAUGCCCGAUUACUAUUCCCACUUGGGCCCAUUCGUGAGGUAUUCCUGGAAAGGCCUUGGACUGGGCAGGAAGGUCGGAACUCCCUCAUACAAUGACUAUAUUAGAAAAAGAGACCCAUCAGCACCGGAAGUGACAACGUUGGAAAUAUUGAAUGACCUUAGACUCCUGGGCASACAAGGUUUGAUGGGUGUAUUGGGUUCUCAAGACGAGAUAAAUAAUAUCGACACAACUAGGAAUCGAAACAAUGCUCUAUUCAAUCAACUCAACAACCUGCGAGAUGAAAUAUCGACRAAACACAAAGCUAUUUCCGCUACCAAACAGUUCGAUCAGACUCUCAAUGGCGUUCGCAAAGUGACGGAGAAAUGGAAUAUCCCUACUCUUCGGAAAAAUUUGCGCAUCAUCGAGACUCAGAUUUUGGAUUUGGAUGAGAAAGAAACUACGAUURUAAUGAAAUGUAAGGAGAAGGGGCUCUGGUAACAGAAGGAAUCUGUUUCAUUUUUGUCUUGGAACGGAUAAGACUUUGCGCAGUAGUAAUUAGUACAGUACUUCUGCAGUAAAAAAUGAUAACAUUC